AUGGCGAGGGUGAUGCACCGGUCGAGCUCGGACGGCGGGUCGAGCAGCGGGUGGUCGGAGGCGGCGGCGGUGGGGGAGGAGGAGAGGGCCGGGUGGGAGGUCCGGCCGAGCGGGAUGGUCGUGCAGGCCCGGGACAGGGGGGCCGACGGCGCCGCGGCGGGGGUGCCGCCCAGGCCGCCGCCGCCGGAGAUCAGGGUGCGGGUCAAGUACGGCGCCGCUACCCACGAGGUCGCCGUCUCCUCCAUUGCCACGUUCGGUGAGCUGAAGAAGGCGCUGGCGCCGAGGACGGGGCUGCAGCCGUCGGAGCAGCUGGUGACGUACAAGGGCCGGGAGCGGAAAAACUCGGAGUUCUUGGACAGGUUCGGCGUCAAGAACAAGUCCAAGCUCGUCGUCUCCGAGGACCCGGCGAGCCUGGAGCGGCGCUACAUCGAGCGGCAGAGGAACGCCAGGAUCCAGAACGCCAACCGUGCCAUCGGCGCCAUCGCCCUCGAGGUCGACAAGCUCGCCGAUCAGGUGACGAGCAUCGAGAAGUCGGUGUCCGGCGGGAGCAAGGUGGCGGAGGUGCAGAUCACGACGCUGAUCGAGCUGCUGAUGCGGCACGCGGUGAAGCUGGAGAGCAUACCUGCCGACGCCGACACCUCCUCGCAGAAGAACCUCCAGGCGAAGCGGGUGCAGAAGUGCGUGGAGGCGCUGGACGUGCUCAAGGUGUCGAACGCGCGGCUGCAGACGGUGCUGGUGACCACCAAGUGGGAGACGUUCGACAACAGCCCCCCGGUCACCACCAAGUGGGAGAUCUUCGACUGA